UUCCGAUCUAUCCCUGCUGGCUUUGGAAUCUAUUAGUCUAUGGGUGGAAAUGGGUGCUGCAUGUUGUGUGUGUUUGGGAGAAAGGCAGGGGGUGUAGCUGGAUGGUGGAGGCGCUAUGUGUUUGAGGGAAAGGCAGGGGAUGUACCUGGGUGGUGGAGGUGGUCUGUGGCUGUGUUUGAGGGAAAUGGGGUUGUUGGAGAGGGUUGCAAAGUGACUACUCUGCAGCCAACAGUUUCUCUGCUCUAGAAGUGACUUGAAAAGAACCAAGCCAGCUCUCCUCAUGUAGGCUGCACUGACGGAAGGGGUGCCGUUGAGCAGCCCUCUGCCUUGCCAACUUGGAGUAGGUUGUACUGCUGACCCUUGUAUCCAACUUCUACCUCAGUAUGUUCUAGAGCACCUUUCCCCCUCCCUGGCCUUUCAAAGCAGCUUCCCAACAGAACACUGACUCGUCCCAAAACAGUCUUUGGUGACAGUUUUCAGGACUGUCUUGUUUUCACCUGUUCUACCCUCCCCAACCUCUUAAGGCUUCUCCCUGUAGUCACUGCAGGGGCCAGGACCUACUCCAGGGUGUAUGUGUGUGGGGAGGGGACAGCAGCCCUCCUGCCCUCGCUCGAAGGCUCUAAGCCUAGACUCAGCUAGCACAGCCCUGGCUCAGGCCCUAUGGUCCCAUUCAAAUUCUCCACCCCUCUAGCACUCUAGUCCAACAGUGAUAGUAAUGCAUGAGGCCGCAUCACCCCCAGAGACAGGUGAGGAUCAUUAUCUCCACUGUACAGAGGGCAAGCUCAGGUCAAGGUUAUAGCGAGCCAGUGAGAGUGCCAGGAUGGAACCCAGGAUUGUGCGCUUCCCAUCAGACCAUCCUGCCAUGUUGGAGUCAGGGCUUUUCUGGUGUGCGUGUGUCAAGGGCUCACAACACUGUUGCUGGUGGGGAAACACAACUCUUCUAGGCAUGAAUCUGCUGCUGCCUUCAUGAUGUGUGGCACGGCCCAGAGGGUGUCAGCUCAGCCCAAGCUGAGGCCACUCCGCUUCCUGCUUGGACACACUGCAGCCAGCAACUUGGGCCCUGGCCAUGUGUCAAAGGGCGACAUCCCAUGUUUUCUGCAGCAGGAGGAGAGGCUGGGAUAGAUAGACUAGCAAGCCGAAGUUUCUCGCACAGAAAACUCUAGGAAUAGUGGCAGUGAGAGGAACCCAAAAGCCAUUAAAUCCCAAACCUUGGCUCUCCCGUUUGUGGCCAGGUGUAAAGGUUCUGCACUCCCCCACAGGCACAAAGGGGGAGAGACUCAAUUAGACAAAAGAUUCCACUUGUUACUUCUACUCUUGGACUUUCAGGAGUAACAUAAGCUGGUAAAAUCAGGGUCACAGCUGUCCUCGGGGUGCAGCGACCUAGAGCCCCACAGAAAAACACCAAUUCGCUCCAUCCCAGAACAAAUGUUUAACCGGAUGUACAGGGUCAAUAUUUGCUGAAAGGGAAAAAUCUUCAAAUAAGGGGUGGUGCUGAAGGUCAUGCCUGUCGCUGCCUGGCAAGCGUGGGCUGGACAAGGGGCUGCAUCUGUCCCAUGCAGAGCCAUCGGCUGGGUAGAGAGGGUGCCUGCACCAACAGAAAUGCUUAGCAAACCGAGAAAUACCGUGAUGCUGCUCUGGGGUCUGCUGCUCUGCUUGUCCACUCUGCACGAUAGCCCAGGGGUUCCUUUGGCACAUGCCCUUGAGCUGGAGACUCCCCCCUCUGACGACACUGCCCAGCAGGAGAGCCCUGCGGGCCCUGCAGCGGAAAAUGCCACCAGCAUAGAGAACCUGGAGUGGGAUCCCUCAGCACAACUGACCAGUCAGCACUCUGAAGAGGCUGGAGCCUUAGAAGGAGAUCCACAGUUAGUUCCCACCACCACUCUUCUGCCAGUAGUGGAUCCGACCCUGCCAAAUGCUGCAAAGUUGGAUUCCACCUCUGACACCUGGGAAGACAUCCAUGGGCCUACACAGCCACUUCCUACCACGACCAGCACCACCAGCCCCGGGGCUGGCCUCACAAGCUCAGAGGGCCAUCUUGUCACCAGGACAGUAGAAGAGCACAGGCAGGUGCUGGAGGGGCAAGAAGUUGAUUCCUCUGAAGAGGAGGGAGAAGGUCAAGAGAGAGGCUGUGACAUGUCUCAGGCGCAGACACACAGGCUAGCAGAAGGUCUGAUGAAAUUCACUAUCGAUCUCCUGACAGAGGUCCAGAUGGAGACCAGCAGACCCAAUGUGAUCUUGUCUCCCCUCAGCAUCACCCUGGCAUUGUCUCAGCUGGCACUAGGAGCAGUAAACCAGACGGAGAAACGCCUGCUGGAGGCGCUGCACUUGGAAUCAGUGCCCUGUCUCCACCACCUGCUGAGCAGCAUUCGCAGGCAGCUCACAGGGUCCAUGCUCAGUGUAGCUUCACGCGUCUAUCUGCAGAAAGGGUUUGAGGUUAAAGAGAAAUUCUUGGAGAACUCGGAACGAUUCUAUGGGGCAAAGCCUAUGAUCCUGUCUGGGAACAAUGAAAAUGACCUCAUAGCCAUAAACAAGUGGAUAAAGGAGGCAACUGAAGGGCAGAUAUCCACUUUCCUGGAUCAGCUCCCUGCAAGCACUGUGAUGCUCCUGCUCAAUGCUGUCCACUUCCAAGGAUUUUGGAGGCAUGAGUUUGAUCCCAGCCAGACUGGGCCAGAUGUAUUCCACCUUGAUGACCAGUUCAUAGUUCCAGUUGAGAUGAUGAAAGCUCAGAAAUAUUCCCUGAGCUGGUUUACUCUGGAUCCCCUGGAGGUUCAGGUAGCCAGGUUUCCCUUUAAGGGCAACAUGAGUUUUGUGGCCAUUGUCCCAAACCAGUUUAAGUGGAACGUCUCCCAGGUGCUGGUGAACCUCAGCCAUGACAAGCUGCACAGCCGCUUCCCCAAGGAGAAGCCCACCAUGGUAAAGAUGCCCAAACUGCAUGUAGAUUACCAGCUUGAACUCAACCAAGUCCUCAGCCAACUAGGCCUCGGGGAGUUGUUUUCCACCCCAGACCUGCAGAAAAUCACAGAUGAGCCUCUCUUUGUAUCCAGUAUCCAGCAUCAGUCCACCCUGGAGCUUGCAGAAGAUGGCGUGGAGGCAUCAGCUGCCACUAGUGUCAUGAUGUCUCGUUCACUCUCCACUUUCAGCCUCAACCAACCCUUUCUCUUCAUCAUCUUUGAGGAGACAACGGGCAUCCCACUCUUUGUGGGCAGCAUCCAGAAUCCCAAUCCCAGCGCUCCCCAACAGAAAAAAGAGCCACAGGACUCACCUACCCUGAAAAAUGCCAUCAAAAAUAGUAUCCCCAAAUAAGGGAGGAGCAGUGCCUAGGAGUCCUGGGACUGCUGCCUGUGAGACCUCUGUAGCAGGGUCUUUCUUUCCUGGCUGGGCUUCCAUCAGAAGCCCUUCUGCCCCAUCCCAGUGGGUCCCCUCUGGCAGGGCUCUCUCUAGAGCCCCUCAGCACCACUCUUGAGCAGCAGUGCUGGUAUCAAAUUGUCUUGAAUACUCAUUAGCUUCUGACAAUGUCUCUAUGCAAUUGGACAAAGACAAGAGGUGUAAAAGCUGCUCUUCCCUCUGAGCCCCUUAUGCACAUUCCUUGGUCAGGACAUUCAUCAAACAGCAGGACUUGCUUGUCACUAGAUAGGCAAAUAGCAGCAAAAUCAAAUUGAUUAGCAGCCAGUCACCUUCCCUGGGAUGUGAGUCUCAGCUACUAUUUCUGAUAAAGGUUCUGCCUAGAACAUUCCUGCCCCUGUCCAGCAGGUAUUGGGAUUUGCUGGGUGUGUGCAAGGGAGGGGGCUCAUUUCUAUCCCGAGCAGCAGCCCUUCACCUGGGAUGUUGGAGGCAUCUUUUGUAAAGUAUUUUUUAGUAAUUUUUAUGUUGGCAGAAGAAUAAAGAGUGAAACAGAUGAUGUUUGGCUGAGUUGUCACUUUGAGAGACACCCGGCGGAGACUGGAAAGGGGCACAGCAGUGCAGCAAACAGGCAGAGUAACUGCAAAGACUUGGGGGGAAAAAGAGUUACUGGGGCUUGACUGAAAGAUGGAAGGUCCUAAAGAGUCUC